GGGACUGGAGAGAGAGAGCGCAAGAGAGACAGACACAGAGAGCGAGCAGGAGGAGAAGGAGGGAAGGGAAAGAAAAGGGAAAGAGAGCGCGCAAGGGACAGGGAUCGGGCGAGCAGCAGAAGCCAGGCGCACUGGCCCAGGCUGGCUGGGGGACACCGGGAGAGGAAAGGAGGCAGGCGUCCUCCUGGGGCUUGGAGACCGUAGAGGAGGAGGGGAAGGGGAAGGAGGAGGACUGAGAAGAGAGGGAGGGAAAGGGAGGGGAGGGGAGGGGAAGGGGCGACAGUAGGGGGCAGCUUCUCUGCCCAUUUCCCUGCAAAAGCUUGAGACGGGAGUAGCUUCUUUGAGUAGGGUGUUAGAUCAGUGGGAGAAGAGACUGCGGAGAAGAAGAGUGCUGGCAGGGGCUUGCACAGACAGGCAGACAGACUGAUGGACACACCCCACUCCACCCUAGCUUAGCCCACCCUACCCCUCCUCUCUCUCUCUUCCUCACGCCCAGCGGCACCGCCUCCCUCUCUUCUCUGCCUUCUUCUCCUCUUCUCUCCUCUUGGGCUUACUAGCCUCUUCACUCCCCUAGUGCCUUGGUCCCUGGCCCUGGCCUGGGGCGGGGCGCCUUCAGUGCUCCCUGCCCUGGGAGGGUCUAUAGAAUAAGUGUGGGAUCUUUCAUUCUAGCUGAGCAGCCUCCAUCCACAACAUUUGUCAAGAGCCCCAGAGGGACUGAGGGUACCGGAUCCCCGGCGGAGGACCAGGGGAUGAGAAGGGAUUCCCUCCCCUGUGUUUCUUCUGGAUCCAUUCAAAAUUUGCAUAAUUGAAGACAGGGGUUAUGAAGUCCAACCUAGAUGGCCUCGCAGACACCACCUUCAGGACCAUCACAACAGACCUCCUCUACGCAGGCUCUAACGAUAUUCAGUACGAAGAUAUCAAAGGCAACAUGGCAUCCAAACUAGGAUACUUCCCACAGAAGUUCCCUUUAACUUCUUUUAGGGGUAGUCCAUUCCAAGAAAAAAUGACUGUGGGAGAUAAUCCCCAGUUAAUUCCAUCAGACCAGAUAAAUAUCACAGAGUUUUACAACAACAAAUCUUUAUCCUCGUACAAGGAUAAUGAGGAGAAUAUCCAGUGUGGAGAAAACUUCAUGGACAUGGAAUGCUUCAUGAUUUUAAAUCCUAGUCAGCAGCUGGCCAUUGCGGUAUUGUCCCUCACAUUGGGCACUUUCACAGUCUUGGAAAACCUGUUGGUGCUGUGUGUAAUCCUCCACUCCCGUAGCCUGCGCUGUCGGCCCUCUUACCACUUUAUUGGUAGCCUGGCAGUGGCAGACCUGCUGGGCAGUGUCAUUUUUGUCUACAGCUUUGUCGACUUUCAUGUGUUCCACCGGAAAGAUAGCCCAAAUGUAUUUUUGUUCAAACUGGGUGGAGUGACGGCCUCCUUCACGGCCUCAGUUGGCAGCCUCUUCCUCACGGCCAUUGACAGAUAUAUAUCCAUCCACAGGCCACUUGCGUAUAAGAGGAUCGUCACCAGACCGAAGGCUGUGGUAGCGUUUUGUGUCAUGUGGACCAUCGCCAUUGUGAUCGCCGUGCUCCCUCUGCUAGGAUGGAAUUGCAAGAAGCUCCAGUCAGUUUGCUCAGACAUCUUUCCUCUUAUUGAUGAAACCUAUUUGAUGUUCUGGAUUGGCGUCACUAGUAUUCUUCUUCUGUUCAUUGUGUAUGCUUAUGUUUAUAUAUUGUGGAAAGCACAUAGCCAUGCGGUCAGAAUGAUCCAACGAGGCACUCAGAAGAGCAUCAUUAUUCAUACAUCAGAGGAUGGCAAAGUCCAGGUCACUAGGCCUGACCAAACCCGCAUGGACAUCAGGUUAGCCAAAACCCUUGUCCUUAUUCUGGUGGUCCUGAUCAUAUGCUGGGGUCCACUGCUUGCCAUCAUGGUCUACGACGUCUUUGGGAAAAUGAACAAACUCAUUAAGACAGUGUUUGCCUUCUGCAGUAUGCUCUGCUUACUGAAUUCUACCGUGAACCCUAUUAUAUAUGCUCUGAGGAGCAAGGACCUGAGGCAUGCUUUCCGGAGCAUGUUCCCCACUUGUGAAGGCACGGCACAGCCCCUCGAUAACAGUAUGGGGGAAUCCGACUGCCCGCACAAACAUGCAAAUAGUGCAGGCAAUGUUCACAGGGCUGCUGAAAGUUGCAUCAAGAGUACAGUUAAGAUUGCCAAAGUAACCAUGUCUGUGUCUACGGAUACCACAGCUGAGGCGUUGUGAGCUGAAGACUUCUCAGCGACAUUGGGAGAAAAGAAAUUAGGCUUUUUUUUUGUUUAUUUGUUUGUUUAAAGGAGUCUAUCCUCUUACAUUUUUAAGUUUACCAUAUUCGGUUAAAAGAUAAUUGUCGCAAUGAUCAUUAGUCAUUUUAAACAAUGAGAAAUUAAAACACAACUCUUCAAAGGUUUUACAAUUGAGAAAGUUGGUUUGUUCAUUUUUUUAAGCAUGUUACUUGAGUCACCCAUGUUUGACUACGUAGAGGAAAAGUUCCAGUGAAAUAAAUGGAAAACUUUUGGGGAAACAUGAUCCAAACUUUAAAUAUCUGUUUGAAAAAUUCCAUCAAAUGAGUAAAGCCUUUGUAACCAUAACUUUCAUGCUAAUGUAAAACGUAUUUGAUGUCUAUAGGUAGCAGAGGUUUCCGUUCCCCUCCCCAAAAGCUGCAGUACAGAAUUAGAACUAUUUUGUAAACCUGUAUUGUCCUGUGAACUGUGUACUGAUGUUUAUUACAUGUUAUUUAUAUUUGUCUCGUUGGGCAAUAUGGAAAGAUACAGACUUUUCUGGAAAUAGUACAGAAUAUGCAGUAGAUAAGUCCCAGUGAAAACCCUUAUUUGCAAUCAUCCAUACAGUGACUUUAGAAAUCUUACACUUUGUUGUCUCCAGCAUUUUCAUUCUUUCUUUUGACAUUUCAGAUAUUCCUAACCCUUAAUUUUUCUGUUAACACAAUAUAACACUAACAGGAGAAUAAAGACCCAUUCCCAUAGUGAACAAUAUUCAUCAACCCCAACUUUGCAAUUUGAAGUUGCAAUUUCAAGUUCUAAAAUAAUUCAGUUUGCAUUUUUUAUAAGGACAUUUAGUUAGGGUCUUCUGGACUAUUGCUGUUUGGUUGUGUAAUGUAUGACUCCAAGAACUGAAGACAAAGGAUUAGUGGCUUUUUUAACCAACACCUGGUUUUUUUCCCUUAAGUCUUUAGCUAUUCCCAGGUCUCUUAAGACAGCAUGUGUCAAUCUUAAUAUAAGGUGUUAUCACUGUGCCGUUGACAUAUUCUUGAAGAGUAUUGCAUUCUUAUAUUCCAGAGUUAAGUAGAUUCCCUGCCUGGGAGGCCAAACAAGAGUCUUCAUUUAUUUUAAUUGAAAAGAAGUAUUGUCUGGAUUAGCAAAAAUAUACUAUGUGGGUGUGAAUUUCCAUGUAUGUGUGUAUGUGUAUGUGUGCGUGUGCGUGUGUGUGCGCGUAGAUCGUAAAUGUGUGUGUGUCAUAGUGAUAUUAUAAAGUUAGAAAAAUGUGACUAGGUGUAAAUUGUAUUACUUGUUGCACUCUUUGCACAUGAAUUCAGUUUCUAAAAUUGAGUUCUUUUCAACAUCUUGGUUAAUGAAACUACAGACUGCAAAAAAAAAAUCAGAAAAUUUUCAUCCACUUUGAGAAAGUAUGCCAAACAUUAAAAAAGUAUCCUUUAGUGUUACUCAAGAACAAUACUUAUCAAGGAGCAAUUGAUUAAAUAAAUUCAAUGAAAAAUCCUAUAUUUUCAAUGCUAAAGAAAAUCAUUCUAAUUUUCCAACUUGAGGCACAGUACAUUAAAAAAUAUAUAAGGAGACAGCAUGGUAGGAUGAAUGGAUAAAGAAAUGGACUCAGAGUCAGGGAGAAGCAGGCUCAAGGGUACAUGACCCUGAACAAGUCACUUAGGCUCCCUAUUGCUCUAGGCAAAUGUGGAAGACGAUAAACAGCAGACUAGCUGCCUACCUGCAUUGGUAAAGGGAAUUUCCUCAUUUGAGAGUUCUAUCCCCAUCUAUCUCUAAGGAGGCAGACCUCAUUAUAAAAGAUGAAUGUGCCUCACUAAACCCAAAAUCAUUUUGAAAAAGUAAUAGUUCAUCUAGCCCUUGUGAAUCCUAGUUUUAAUGGCACUAAAGAGAUCUCAGGCGUUCCUCAAAUCCACCUCUAAUGAGGCAUGACUGCUCCUCAGCCUACAUGGCACAAGGAGAUGGUGGGCUGGGCAGCUUAUUUAGAUCCUGAAGAGAUGCAGACUUGAUUAUUGGAGCCUGACUCACUUCUGUAGCCCAAAUCAGCAAGAUCACCAGUGUCUUUUACCAAGAUUCACUUGGUAGAUGCACAGACCUCUCUGUCUUGCAUUUCCUGUGCAAACUCUGCUUUUAUGAGGCUGCUGUCCCAAUCCAGGCCGUUGACUGAGAUUUAUUGAUAAGUAAAGAUUGGUCAAAAUGAGGCUUUUUUUAGGCCCCAAUCUUUUAUUCCUUCAUAAUGUCAUAGGGGCCCAGAAAUGGACAUUCUGCCAGGAAAGAAUGGGAUUUCUUAAGAGGCUGAUAAGCCCUGAUGGAUUUUAUUUAUAAACAAUCUUCUCUCCUUCCAGAGACAAAUCAUUACUCCUGCAGCACCCCGAGGCCAGGUCUGUAAAGCACAAGGUGAAGUGGAAAGUUUGCAAUUAUCUGUGGGUUCAGUGGGAAAAAAAAGUUUCUAUACUAUUCUUAUCCCCCUCCUCCCCCCACCCCCAUUCUCCCAUCCCACAGUUAUGGUCUCUGACCCAAUUGCUAUGUGGGCAAAAUUGGAAUUGGCUGUCUUUAUAGCCCAAAUUUGCCUCAAAAUCUCUGUGUAUCUCUGUUCUGUGCAAAUAAAACCUUAGGGUACUAUGGUAGUAAUGAUAUCUCUGUAGAAAAAGAGAGGGUUGAUUUAUGAAUAAAUUACUCUAGGGCCUAAUAGCCCUUUAAAAAAAUUAACCAUUCUUUUGCCCUGAAUUAUCCAAAGUGGUCUUCUGCACAGUUCAGAAUUCACCAGGUCGCUACCAACUUUCCACUCUGUUAUGAAACUCUGGCCUCAGUGAAAAUGAGUGGGAGGAGGAGUUGGAGGAAGGCCAAAUAUUUUUAAAAAAAUAAAUCUAAGAUCCUUUUUUGGAAACUGUGUUCCUGUGAACUCAAUGCAGAUUUUGUAAAUUUGUUGUGCUUUCAAGAUCUAAAUUGUAUGUUAUAAAUCAAGGGACAAUGGGGCUGUCAGCACUAAAAUUGGUGCUUAUCUAUAUAAUAAGAAAUAGCAUCUUGUGAGAUACUAUCACGUAUCUGUUACAAUACCAUGCAUACAUACAUUCUAAACUAGUUCUGCACACUUUGCCUUUUUUUUUCAAUCACUUGCUAACUCAAGUGACUAAAAACAUACUCCCUGCUGAAUAUAGUCACUAGAAUGACAAUUAGUUAAUAAAUCAGUUCCUUAAGCAAAGCUAGUUUCUUUAAUGUGGUUUAUGUGUGAGUAUGCUUUAGGCAAUCCUGCUUCAUGGUCAUCAGCUUUCCAUUGGUGAUUAAAAAUUAUCAAAACAACUCACAAGUCUUUGUCCUAAGCACUUCACCAUUGUGGGUCAUAGUUCACGAAGGGCCAUACUCCCAGUUGACUUUAUUUCUUUUUAGGAGCUGACCCAAGCACGGGGUUCCUUUGGCCUGGUCUUCACAGCUGCAAUCAACCCAGUAACUGGUCACCAAGCCCAAAUUUCUUACAUUAUAUGUUCCUACGUAUAAUGUAAAAGAAACUUGAGGUUUCUGAUGGGCUAAGUCAUGCAGAUUGCUUACCUAAACACCAGCUAAUUGUCAGGACCCCAUAAAGCUGUGUGAUGACACCAUCAGAAGCCAAUGAGAUUCUGGUGCUUCAGAUCACUUCUGCAAGAAAUAAGCAGCACCAUCCACUGUGGGAGAAUUUGGCCCUGCUCGAAUAGCACUGUAGUUAUCAUUCUAUCUGUCCAUUUCAGGUGUUUCAUAUCUGUAAAAGAGACCACCUAUAUCAUGUGCAAAAUUAGACUCCUCAUGAUCUAAUUGUAUAUUUGUAUGAUAUUUUAAGAUCUAAAUGCUGUGCUAAAAUGGUUUUUUCUUGCACUGGCCCUCCAAUGAAAUGUUAAUGUUACCUAUUAUGACAUAGACAAGACAUUUCAUCUACUGAUUUGGGCUGAAUGUAUGUAAAUAAGUUUAAAAAAAAACAAGCCAGAUGUACAAGCAGUGGCCUAAAAAUCAGUGCUUUUCAUAUAGGGCAGUGUGUUUAAAUUGCUAUGGCCGCCUAAAAGCUAUCUUCAGAUAGAUUCCAUGUAUCGGGUGUUGGGGAUAUAUGGUUCCCCAAGAAGGGAAACAUUUUCUUGUAGUAAUAAGCAGCUGAGAUGCUGGAUUAUCUGAACUUUUAUUUCUGAUGUUUCAAAGUGAAGAACAUAACUCUUUAUUGUCUGUAAAUCUAACAUUAUUACUUUCUCUUAGAAGAAUAUUGUAUUGUUAGAUGUUUGUUGAGCUGGUAACAUCCUUGCAACCGCUGCAAUAUCCUUGUUAGUAAUCUGUAUGAAACUUUGUACACAAGUUCUGGUAUAAUUGUCAUUAAAAGUAGCUUCAACCAUUCAACCACCUCUGGCAGAGUAGUAUUUCUCUGAUAUGUACUAUUCCCAGACUGUAUUUUAUUUCUAUUAUGUAAUUAAACUUACACAAAGAGGAA